CUCCUGACCCUGUUGAGCCCCUCACCAUGACCCAGGGCUUCUGGCGGCUCUACAAAGCCAAAGUGCUGCAGACGCUGGGGGGGGCGCAGGCAGAUGGGGCACUGCAGGAGGAGGGAGACCUCCCUGAGCUGAUGGAGACGGCCGAGCCCUCCACAGCGAUGGAGGAGGGACCCAGCCCCGUGUCCCAGCUGGCGAGGAAGGUGCAGGGGGUGGGUGCCCGGGGCUGGCGGACGCUUUCGUCCCUCUUCACCCAUGAGGACGAGCACCAGCUGCUCAGCCCGGAACCCUGCGCAGACCACCCGCUGGCCGCUGAGCCGCCCGAGCCACCCCCCUCCGAGAAGGCGCCUGGUUUUUGGGAUCUCUUUGCUACCAAGUGGCAGCAGGCGUCACGUCCGGACAAGAGGGUGCCCCCCCCGGAGCCGGGCGAGAGCCCUGGCGAGCCGCCGGGUAACGAUGACAGCGACCUGCGGGAGCCGGAGGAAGGAGCCUUCCGCUGGGGCUUCCUGGCCAGCAAACUGGCCGAAAUCCGGAAUAAAAACGCCCCUAAGGGCAACUAG